ACGUCGUCGAUUUCACCGUUUCGACCUAUAGAAACAACAACAACGAGGAAAUGUCUGACACUGGCGUCGUAAUUGUUGCUGCUGUUCGCACCCCUAUCGGCACAUUGAAUGGCAACUUGUCCAGUUUGAAAGCUCAUGAGCUUGGAGCCAUCUGCAUCAAAGAAGUUCUACGGAGGACAGGCCUGGGUGGUGAGGUGGUGUCAGAGGUUAUCAUGGGGCAAGUCCUCACUGCAGGUGAAGGUCAAAACCCUGCUCGACAGGCUAGCGUUCUGUCCGGUGUUCCCUAUGAUGUUCCUGCCACAGGGGUGAACAUGCUGUGUGGGUCAGGGUUGAAGGCCGUUGCCAUGGGUUACCAAGCAAUAAAGGCUGGGGACUCUUCAAUAGUUGUGGCUGGAGGUCAGGAAAGCAUGAGCAGGGCAAAGCACUGCGUUCAUAUGCGGGAAGCCACCAAGUUUGGAGAUGUGUCCAUGGUUGACACCAUGAUGAAGGAUGGACUCACAGAUGCCUUCCACAACUACCCCAUGGGAAUAACAGCUGAGAAUGUAGCCAAGCAGUGGGGCGUAUCACGACAGGAACAGGACACCUUUGCCUUUGUCUCACAGCAGAAAUGUGCAGCAGCACUACAGUCGGGGUAUUUCCAGAAAGAGAUUGUACCUGUGCCUGUGAAAACUAGGACUGGCAUGCAUGAAGUAACUACAGACGAGUUUCCAAAACCAAGAACUAGUCUGGAAGGGCUGCAGAAGUUACGACCAGCCUUCAUAACAGACGGGUCAGGAACAGUAACUGCUGGCAAUGCAUCUGGCAUCAACGACGGUGCAGCCGCCGUUCUAUUAAUGAGGAGAUCGGAGGCAGUCAGUAGGGGGCUGGUUGUGAUGGGAGAGAUUGUGUCAUGGGCCCAGACUGGGGUGGACCCAGCGGUUAUGGGAACCGGACCUAUAUCUUCAGUGAACAUGGCGGUGAAGAAGGCUGGCUGGGCACUGGACAGUGUGGAGGUGUUUGAACUCAAUGAGGCGUUUGCUGCCCAGUCCCUGGCAGUGAUACGUGACCUCAACAUUCCAGCUGACAAGGUGAACGUUAACGGUGGAGGUAUUGCCCUGGGUCACCCGAUAGGGGCCAGUGGAGCCCGCAUCCUGGUGACCCUGUUACACACCAUGGAGAGGACAGGGGCAGAGAGGGGCGUGGCCUCAUUGUGUGUGGGAGGGGGCAUGGGUGUGGCCAUGUGUGUCCAGAGGUAGCCCUAAAAGUGGAUAUGACGAGGCCAGGACAGAAGUGAUUUGAGUCUUGUUCUGGAAAACUGGGCUUAGCCCAUGAGUACUAAUUAGCCUGUGCAGUGCUCACAGGCUAAUCUGGGACAACACUUUAAAGUGUUUAAGCACAGACAUAAAGCCCAGUUUUCACGGAAUGAGGCUUAUAUAUACUGUAAAACCAUUAAAUUUUGUGUGGUACGAAUUUUCGUGGAUUUCGUUGGUCCGCUGAACCACGAACCAAGUACCAACGAUGAUUUAUACAUUUUAAAUCCGAAAUCGGUCAUUUCCGAAUGUCAUUUCCGACAUUUUCUAUUGUUGUCGGUUAUCCGAGAUAUUUGUUUUUGUAAUAGUUACUUCACUUCAGUAGGCCACAUUUCACUAUAUCUAUGAGUUUAUCUUGUUUUAUUCAUCAUCGUUAACAGUUUGCAGAUUUAUCACAUAUGUCAAUUAGUGCCAAUUUAAGUUAAAAGAGACAUAACGGUUUUCACACGUGUAUUUUGGGGACCUUAUUACUCAAUUGGUACAACUAGGGGACCGAGUGCGCUGAGAAUUGCAAAUAUUGUCAAAACAACAUUGAUGGCAAUUAGCAAGCGGGGACCCACAAGUGCGCUGCUUAAUCGCUCUUAUCGACAAUUAUCGGCAACACUUGCAUGCUUCAGUGCACAUUAACCUCAAGUCUUGCUGUCAACACAGAUUAGCAGAUUAUGCUUCGUUAUUUACUGGUUGUUUUAAUAAAAGUUAAAUUAUUAUCACGGCCAGUCUUCCUCAAAAAUUUGAAAUCCAUGAAAUUACCUAUCAACGAAUUACUUGUCUUUUAUUUGAAAUCCACGAAAUUUCGUCUCAACGAAUUAGUUGCUUUUUAUUAAUCCACGAAAUUUCAUACCUACAAAUUUCUAUAUGUUUACAGUAUUCAAUAAAGUGUAGUUAAUGAGCAUAAAACAUAGUGGUUAUGGCAUGGUAUUAAAUGUGCAUUUUAUGCAUUAGGUACUAGGUGUAUUAUAAUGGUCUUGGACACAUGUGAAAGCUGACUUAUUUACUAUGAACAACAAUUCCAAAAACUGUGAUAUUCAUUUAUGUGUACUGUUUACAGAAAUUAGAUCCUACAAACAUUUAAGUGUUGUGUUCAAGUUUACAAUUGCCAUUUAUCUAACCUUUUUGCCAGAAGCCAUAAAUGAUAUAUUGUUAAUUUAUUUGUUGAAAAUUAAAUUAUAUGCCUAGUGAUAUUUAGUGGCACAAAUGGUUUGAAUCUCACCCUUAAGGUAAAUGAAUUGUUUUGUGGCUGCAAGAUCAGUGCUAUAUAUUAUCCCUUUAUGUACAAUAUCACUGCACAAGCUGCUGGGCUAAUGCACAAAUAAAGUACAUCACAUGUUCACAUACGGUAUUUGGUGCAUAAUUUCACUAUCAAGAUGAAAUUUCAUGUAUACUUGUAAUUUACAUUUUCCAAAGUGAACUAUUAAUUACUUCUGUUCAAGUUGGUGCAGUUAUUGCAUAAACUAUAAUAUUUGUUUACUUUUUUGUAGAUGCUGAAUUACUCCUUGAAUCUUUGUAUAUAUGUAUAUCAUUGAUAGUGUCAACAUUUUCUAUUUUGAAUACAUUAAGAUACUAAAACAUGAUCAUUAACGUUUAUUAUUUAUGUUUUAAAUCUUUAUGCUUUGUUAUUAGAAAUUCAAUAAAUGCGAUGUCUUGCGACAUAAGCUUCUUCUUC